GUGAUUCAUCAGGGACAUGCGGUGACCCAGGCACACCAUCCCAUGGCAGCAGAGAAGAGAGUGACUUUCGGAUACGCAGUAAAGUGCACUUCAGCUGCUCGGUGGGAUACAAGCUUUUUGGCUCUGCAGAGAGGAUGUGCUUCCCCAAUGGCACAUGGUCCGGUACUCAGCCCUCCUGCAAACCCGUUACCUGCGCAGCUCCUCCGCCAAUCUCAAACGGCCUCCUGGAGGGACGUGACUUUGAGUGGGGCACCAGCGUGAGUUACAGCUGCUCCCCAGGAUAUGAGCUCUCUUUCCCUGCCAUUCUCACCUGUGUGGGCAAUGGUACAUGGAGUGGUGAGGUGCCUCAGUGCUUGCCUAAGUUCUGUGGAGAUCCUGGAAUCCCUGCUUUUGGCUCGAGGGAAGGCCGCAGUUUCAUCUACCAGUCCGAGGUGUCAUUUAGCUGCAUGGCUCCCUACAUCCCAGUAGGCAGUACUACACGCAUUUGCCAGGCUGAUGGCACCUGGAGUGGAUCCCAGCCUCGCUGUAUAGAGCCAACCCGUACCACCUGUGAGAACCCUGGGAUGCCCCGUUAUGGCUCUCUCAACAGGACCUUUGGCUUUAAGGUAGCAAGAUGA